GUGCGUCGGGAGGCGGGGUCGCUGGCGCUGACGUCGGCGGCCACGCCCCCGCCCCCGCCCAGAUAGCCCCAGCGCCGCCCGCCAUUUUGUCUCCAGUGUCUCGUUUGCCGUCGCCGGCGUUGAGGGCGCUGUCUCGGUCCGUCGGCGGGAGGCGGGGUGCCGCGUCUAUUGUCUGUGUUAGACUCCGUCGUUUGAUCCGAGGCCUUCUUUCCCGGGGCAGUUAGCAGAAACCGCAGCGGCCGCCCCUGCCCCGCCCCUCCGUCCCCCGGCCCGGGAGGGACCGAUUCCGCGUCACGCCCCUCAGCGCUCGCGGUUCUCUUCUCUGUCGUUGCGUCCGCAUCGUGUCCCCAGGAUCAGACGGUGCCCCAUAGAUGGCCAGCUUUCCCCCGAGGGUCAACGAGAAAGAGAUCGUGAGAUCACGAACUAUAGGUGAACUUUUAGCUCCUGCAGCUCCUUUUGACAAGAAAUGUGGUCGUGAAAACUGGACUGUUGCUUUUGCUCCAGAUGGUUCAUACUUUGCUUGGUCACAAGGACAUCGUACAGUAAAGCUUGUUCCGUGGUCCCAGUGUCUUAAGAACUUUCUCUUGCAUGGCACCAAGAAUGUUGCCAAUUCAAGCAGUUUAAGAUUGUCAAGACAAAAUAGUGAUGGUGGUCAGAAAAAUAAACCUCGUGAACAUAGUAUAGACUGUGGAGAUAUAGUCUGGAGCCUUGCUUUUGGAUCUUCAGUUCCAGAAAAACAGAGUCGCUGUGUAAAUAUAGAAUGGCAUCGAUUCAGAUUUGGACAAGAUCAGCUACUUCUUGCCACAGGGUUAAACAACGGGCGUAUCAAAAUAUGGGAUGUAUAUACAGGAAAACUCCUCCUUAACUUGGUAGAUCAUACUGAAGUGGUCAGAGACUUAACUUUUGCUCCAGAUGGAAGCUUGAUCCUAGUGUCAGCUUCAAGAGACAAAACUCUCAGAAUAUGGGACCUGAAAGAUGAUGGAAACAUGAUGAAAGUUUUGAGGGGGCAUCAGAACUGGGUGUACAGCUGUGCAUUCUCUCCUGACUCUUCUAUGCUGUGUUCAGUUGGAGCCAGUAAAGCAGUUUUCCUUUGGAAUAUGGAUAAUUAUACCAUGAUACGGAAACUAGAAGGACAUCACCAUGAUGUUGUAGCUUGUGACUUUUCUCCUGAUGGAGCAUUGCUGGCUACUGCAUCUUAUGAUACUCGAGUGUAUGUCUGGGAUCCACAUAGUGGAGACAUUCUGAUGGAAUUUGGGCACCUGUUUCCCCCGCCUACUCCAAUAUUUGCUGGAGGAGCAAAUGACCGAUGGGUACGAUCUGUAUCUUUUAGUCAUGAUGGACUGCAUGUUGCAAGCCUUGCUGAUGAUAAAAUGGUGAGGUUCUGGAGAAUUGAUGAGGAUUAUCCAGUACAAGUUGCACCUUUGAGCAAUGGUCUUUGCUGUGCCUUUUCUACUGAUGGCAGUGUUUUAGCUGCUGGGACCCAUGAUGGAAGUGUGUAUUUCUGGGCCACUCCAAGGCAGGUCCCUAGCCUUCAACAUUUAUGUCGCAUGGCAAUCCGAAGAGUGAUGCCUACCCAAGAAGUCCAGAAGCUGCCAAUUCCUUCCAAAGUUUUGGAGUUUCUCUCCUAUCGUAUUUAGAAGACUGCCUUCCCUAGAGUAGGGACUGACGGAGUACACUUCACACAAACCUCAAGCUUUACUGACUUCAAGGAUCUGUUUUUAAAGAUUUAGAAGAUUUAUUUAAUUUGAUAUGUUCUUGUACUGCAUUUUGAUCAGUUGAGCUUUUAAAAUAUUAUUUAUAGACUGUAGGUAUAGGAGAAAUCUUUCUAAACAUAUCAAAUGUAAAAGAUCUAACUGUGAAAACAUAUACGUGUAUAUAUUUAGAUUUAAGCUGCUGUAUGUUGAAUGAACCCUUUUGCUUUUCUAAUCUUUAGUUCUGACAUGUAUAUAUUGCUUCAGUAGAGCCACAAUAUGUAUCUUUGCUAUAAAGUGGAAGGAAUUUUUAUCCUGGGACUCUCAGUUAGAUUGUAAAUGCUGACUUAGAAAGCUGAAUUGCUUCAUACUAAAUGUAUUUGGUUGGAUACAGGGAGAGGGGGAUGUCAGGCUGACCUGCAAGUGAAACAGUUUUUGUAUAGGGAAAGGAUUUUUGUUAUCCUUAGGAAUGGCAUCUAAGAGGUGGAGUUGGAAUGUGACAUUAUAAAAACAAAAACACACAAAAAAACAGGAUAUAACUAGAAAAAAGGAUACCUUUUUUUUUCUCCCCAUCUAAGUACUGCUGAAGCCUUAAUUUUGGAAAGCAGUUUGCAACUUUACCCCUGUGGUAUAAAAUAUAAAUUUUAGUCAAUUUGAAAAUCCAUCUACUGUAUUACAGCUAAAUGUUUUGUUUGUACUAAGGGACAAUUACUUUAAGACCAUGGAUAUUUUAAAAAAAAACAACACUUAAUUCUAUGUUUCUGCAGGGGAUGAUAUUGGUGACUUACCAAAGAGAAGCAAUACAGUAUAUCUGCUUUUGCCUUCUGUUAUUUAUCUUGCCUGCAGAUAUUAAGAAUGUAUGCAUUAUGUAAAAUACUCAAUUAUAUAUUUUUGUUGAGUUUUUUAAAUUAAAGCCUUGUUUAUAAAAACAA